GAUUUCGUUUUCGCUUCUAAUUAUUUUUCAACUUAUUACCUUAUUUUAGAAAAUUUGAAGGUGUUUACGAAUUUUACAGUAAUUUUAUGAAUACAAUUUUAAGAAUCGAUAAUUGUUUUGACAUUUUUUAUAUUACACUAACUAACUGAAUUGUUUUAGUUUGUAUGCAUGCGUAAAUUUAAUGUAUAAAUUGUGUUUUUAGUUUAAAAGCUUUUUAAUUUAAAAAAUAAUACUAAAGUAAUUUUAUGGCAAAUUUGAAUUUGAUGGAUUCCGUAGUAGAUUCAACUCAACAAGAAUAUAGUGAAUCUCACAAUGACAUGGUUUCGUUAAAUGAUAAUAUGGACUCUAAUGAUCAAGAUAGUAAUAUGAAUUCUGAUCAACAAGAUGACAUGAACUCUGAAAACUAUGAAUCUAUUGAUAAUAUGUAUAAUCAUGAAAAUAGACUUUCUUACAGUGAACAUGCAGAUAUUGAUAAAUUAAAUGAUCAAGACAGAAAAUCGUAUAGGCAUUUAGAAGAUGAUAAAGAACAUUUUGAUAACAACUUAAACCCUUCAGAUCCUAGUUUUAAAGGUCCAUCAAGUUGGAAUUCUGAUAAGGGAAAUAAUGAUGGUGGAAGGUUUAGAAAUAAUGACUCGUAUGAGUACAAUAGUCCUAAUAGUAACUUUAAACAGAAGAGUAGAUGGUCAUCAGAAAAUGCUGAUGAAAAUUGGAAUGGAUCAUCUCAUGAUACUUCACCUAUAAUGAAUGGAUCAUCUAAUAGUCAAGGGGUUCCACAGUUUGGAGGACAAGUAAAUGGGCAAGAUCCUAGUCAACCAGGAUGUCCACAAUCUAACCAGUUACCAUCAUUAUUGCAGAUGCCACCUGUACAACUACCAGUAGGGGGGAGUGGUAUACCACCGCAAAGUGGUCCUCCAGUUAUGUCGGGAGAAGUAUGGAUUGAAACUAAAGCUGGUGAUGGUAAACCUUAUUAUUACAAUGCAAGAUCACGUGAAACCACAUGGAAUAAACCAACAGGACCAAAUAUUACUGUGAUAUCUCAAGAACAGGUUGAAACUCUUGGAAAUCCAAAUACAGCUCAAACAAAUUAUGGAAGACCCAAUGAUUGUGAUCAAAUUUCUAAUGAUCCAAAUAAGGCUGUUGAUGAGAAAAUGCUUGGUGCAAAUGAUCAAGGUGGAUUAAUGUCGGCUCAAAACGUUGGUGUUCCUCCAAUGGGAGGCAUGCAUGGACAAAUGAUGCCUCCAAUGAUGGGACCACCUCCUGGUAUGAUGCCUCCUAAUACAAUGAUGCCUCCACCAAAUUUUCCACCCUUUGGGGGACCACCUCCAUUUGGCAUGCCUCCACCUGGAUUUCCUCCUCAAGCACCAUGGGGAAUGGUGCCUCCAGGAUUUGCCCCUCCACCUAUGAUGAUGCCUGGCAUGGAACUUAACAACAAAAUUGAUCCAGUUAUUUUAGCUAAUGCUGCUGAAUGGUCAGAACAUCGUGCACCUGAUGGUCGCAUGUAUUAUUACAGUAUGAAAACAUCAGAAUCUGUUUGGGAGAAACCUGAAGCAUUAAAAAAUCUUGAUUUGGCCAGAGAUGUAGCUGCUGCACAAUUAAGAAAAGAGGCUGAACAAAAGUUAGAACAAAAAAAUGAUCCUUUAGUUGAUAUUGGUUUUGCAAAGCUCAUGAAUGGUUCAGAUGUGAGUUCAAUCAAAAGAAAAGAUGAAGAAAUUCAAGAACCCAACAAAAAAAUAAAAUCUGAUGAUAAAGCUAAAGCAGCUGAUAAACUAAAAAUUCAAGAUAAAACCAGACCAGUAUCGAGUACACCAGUGGAAGGAACUCCAUGGUGUGUUGUAUGGACUGGAGAUGGUCGUGUGUUUUUUUUUAAACCCUCUACAAGAACUUCAGUUUGGGAGAAACCUGAUGACUUAAAAGGAAGAUCAGAUGUGGAUAAAAUGAUAUCUAAUCCUCCAGAAGUUGUUCAAGCUUUAAAAAACGCAGAGGGACAAUCACAAAAUAAAAAACUGAAAAAUGAUAAUGAAAAAAAUGGUCAAGAAAAUACUAGUAACAAUAAAAAUGACUCUGAGAGUAAGGUAAAUUUAAUGAAAGAUUCAGCAAUGGAAGCUGAACUAAAAGCAGCUCGAGAAAGAGCAGUAGUACCUCUAGAAACUAGGAUAACUCAAUUUCGUGAAAUGUUGUCAGAAAAAGAAGUUUCAGCAUUUAGUACUUGGGAAAAAGAAUUGCAUAAAAUUGUUUUUGAUCCUAGAUACUUGUUGUUAACAUCGAAAGAACGAAAACAAGUAUUUGAAAAGUAUGUGAAAGAAAGAGCUGAUGAAGAAAGACAAGAGAAGAGAAAUAAAAUGAAAAUGAGACGUGAUGCUUUCAGACAAUUAAUGGAAGAAGCUAAUCUUUCUACUAAAACAUCAUUCAGUGAGUUCAGCUCAAAAAAUUCUAAGGAUGAAAGGUAUAAAAGUAUUGAAAAAUCUCGUGAAAGAGAAGGGUUAUUUAAUGAAUAUAUGUUAGAAUUAAGAAAAAUUGAAAAAGAAGAAAAAGCUGCCCGAAGAGAGCAGGCCCGGAAACAAUUUAUAGAGCUAUUAAGAGAACAUAAUGAAAUUGACCGUCAUACUCGCUGGACUGAUAUAAAAAAAAAAUUAGAUCAUGAUAGUAGAUAUAAAGUAGUAGAUUCUAGUACUUUAAGAGAAGAUUACUUUAUGGAUUAUAUAAAAAUUUUAAAAGAUGAAAGAAAAAGAGAAAAAGAACGAGAACAUAGAGAUAAGGAUAAACAUAGUCACAAACGUGAUAAACGUGACAAAGAAGAAAAAGAAUCAAAAAAAUCUGAAUCAAAAAUUGAAGAAAAGUCCUCAGAUGUUGAACAAGAUGAUUUAAAAGAUUCUAAAGAAGCUAGAAUUGAAGCCAGUUUAAAAGAACGAGAAAAAGAAGUGCAACGUACUCUUGCUGUUCAUCUUAAACAUAGAGAAAAUGAGCGUGAACAGCAUAAACAUGAUGAAGCUGUUGUUCAUUUUAACGCUUUAUUAGCAGAUCUGGUAAGAAGUAAUGAUAUGUCUUGGAAAGAAGCAAAAAGACAACUUAGAAAAGACAGUAGGUAUGAGUUAGCUGAUUCAUUAGAUUCUGAAGAGAAGGAAAAAUUAUAUAAAGUUCAUGUAGAAGAAAUAACUAAAAGAAAAAAAGAAAAAUUCAAGGAGAUGUUAAAUGAAAUAAAUGAUUUAACUUUAGAUAGUUCCUGGAAAGAAAUAAGGAAACAAAUAAAAGAAGAUGUGAGAUAUGUUAGAUUUUCAUCUAGUGAUAGGAAAUGUGAAAAAGAAUUUAGAGAGUAUUUAAAAGAUAGAUUGGUGGUAGCAAAAAAUGAAUUUAAGGACCUUUUGAUGGAAACUAAACUGAUAACUCAUUUGUCUAACUCAAAAUUACAAGAAAAUAAUGAAGCAUAUUUAAAAGAAGUUGAAGACAUUUUGAGCAAUGACAAAAGAUAUUUAUUUUUGAAUAGUUUAGUGGAUGAGCGUACAGAAUUAAUCAUUUCUUAUAUAGAAGAACUAGAAAAACGUGGUCCACCCCCUCCACCUACAGCGACUGAACCUAAUCGACGACCUAUUAAAUAAAAUAUUAAUGUAUAUUUUUUAAAUAUUUUAGAAUUCCAUCUAUUAAAAUCGUUUAGUAUAUAACGAUAACCUUAAUUCAUUUUUUAAUUUUCAGACACUUCAUUAUAAUUAUGCUAUUUUUUUAUUCAACUAAUUUGUGUUUUUUUGUAUAAUUUUUUUUUUUUUUUUUUAUGUAUAGGCACAAUUUCCAGUAAGUAGCAGGUAAUUUUGUAUCUAUUUAAUGUACAAAAUUCACUGUUUAUUAAAAUUUCAGAUCUAUUUAGUAUUGUCAUUUAUAAUAAACAGCUUUUGAAUUUUAUAUAAAGCAGCAUAUAUAUUUGAUUUAUCAAACCUUAUUUAUUUUUAUUUAUUACUGAAAAAUAAAUAAAUUAUACAUUUUAUAGACGAAAAGUAUAUGUGAUAAUAAAAUAUUAGUACAAAUAGUAAUCUCAGUCUGCCAAUUAAAUGAUAAAAAGUCGGUUGAUCCCCUACAAAAAUGUCUUCAACAAAUCCCUAUUAUAGUGGUACUCAAAUUUUAGCUUCCAUAAAAAAUGUUUAGUUUAAUCAUGAUGUGUUUAUAUAUAUAAAUAUAUAUUGUGUCUGUCACUA